CAAUCACCAACAGCAGCAUAAUCAAAAUGCCUCCAAUUCGGAUUCCGAUCUCUCGGUCGCUGAGAUCUUACACUCACGCUCGAUUCCUCGCCACAAAACCAUCCGGAUCAUCUGGAAACCCAUCUCCAGCAACCCCAGGCUUAUUCUAUCAACAAGGCCCGCGGAAGGGAGGCGGGGCACUCGGACGAAGCAGAUACACGGCGCACGAGGGCGAGGAGCAGACAAGUGCAGAUGCAAUGAUCAAGAAUGAUCCCAAUGAGCCGACAGAGAAGAAGAGGAAGAAUGUGGAAAAAGCGGGGAGCAGGAAGAUGGGGCCGGAGGAUGAGCAGAAGUCACGGAGGCCUAGGGUUUAGGAUGAAUAUAUCUACCUCGUUCAUUAUGUACAUUACUACAUUAAGACCAUUGAAUGCAGACGAUUGAUG